GAGGAGCCUCGCGAGAGCUGCGGCCGCUGCAGCAGGAGGCGCCGGUGGGCGCUGCGGGUCAGGAUCCGGGGGAGACGUUCGGCGGGGCCCGAGGACCAGGACAGCGAAGCGCUUUAUUGGUGGUGUGACAAGUUCUUCUGUCUAUCUGUGGAAUAAAGACUGGGCGACAUCAUGGGAGAAAGAGUGAACAAUUUCCCUCCUCUCCCUCAUUUCAUCCCAUUGAAACCGUGCUUUUACCAGGAUUUUGAUGAGGAAAUCCCACCCCUACACCGAACCACAGUCAAACGUCUUUACUACCUCUGGAUGUUGAAUAGCAUCACCUUGGCAGUGAAUCUGAUUGGUUGCCUUGCGUGGAUGAUCGGAGGUGGUGGAGCAGUUAACUUUGGACUGGCAAUUCUCUGGCUCAUUCUCUUUACGCCUUGCUCCUAUGUCUGCUGGUUUAGACCCAUUUACAAAGCCUUCAAGACAGACAGCUCCUUCAGCUUCAUGGCUUUCUUCUUCACCUUCAUGGCUCAGCUGGUGAUCAGCAUCAUCCAGGCAGUCGGGAUCCCCGGCUGGGGAGUCUGUGGCUGGAUUGCAGCAAUAUCUUUCUUUGGGACAAACGUGGGGUCAGCUGUCGUAAUGCUCAUCCCCACCAUCAUGUUCACAGCCAUGUCUGUCUUCUCCUUCAUUGCCCUCAGCAUGGUCCAUAAAUUUUACCGGGGAAGCGGUGGGAGUAUCAGCAAAGCGCAAGAGGAGUGGACGACGGGAGCCUGGAAGAACGCCCACGUGCAGCAGGCAGCUCAGAACGUGGCGGUUGGUGCCGCCCAGGGAGCCAUGAUGCCACAUGAGACGCAGUAUUCGGCCACUCCUAACUAUAACUACCCCAAUGACAUGUGAGGUGUGACCUUCCCCACCCAACUAGAACUUCCCGAGUGAGAUGUGAACCUGAUGGGGUUGUGACUUGAAGUGGGCAGGAAGAACUGGAGGAGAGUGUGUGUGUUUCUCUGUGUAUGUAAAUUCCACUGUAUAGGAGGGUUGGCGCAGGGCUGGCUGUAUAAUAGCCACCUUGAUGGGAUGGAGGCAUGUCAAAAUUGUUAUUCUUCCUCCACCCUUUGGCUUUGUUCUAGGAUAAUUGUCCUUGGAGAUCAUUUGUUCUCUCUCUCCCCCUCCCCCCAAUCUGAAGAAGCUGUUGCGUUGACAUGCAGGACUAUUGUGUCGUGCUGUAGUGACUGUACAUGUGUGUGCUGGUCUCCCUCCCCCUUUUGUGAAACAAUGUACAGUGGUGGUUUUUAAAUUUUACUGUGGUUUUAGAUGAUAUUAUAGCUGCAUCAGCCGGUGUGAGCGUGGAGAGCCCAAACAUUCAAGAGCUACUAAAGGGACACUCUGGGGGUUUCAUGGAUAACCCAGUUCACAACAGCUGCCUGUUGUAAGAACUUUGUCAGGUUCAGUCUGUCCCAGCUGUUUGCAACUUAUACUGUAUAGAACAGGGGUAGGGAGCCUGCGACCCUUUGGGUGUUAUGGUCUCCAACUCCCAUCAGCCCUGGCCAGCAUGGUCAGAGGUGAUGGGCGUAGUAAUCUAACACCUGGGGGGGGGCUGCGUGUUUCUGACGUAGGGCAUUGCUGGCUUAUUAGCAUUUAAACCCUGCUCUUUUUCACACACUCUCUCCACUCUCAAAACCAGAGCUCAACCCUUUCAUUCCACACUGAUCCACCAGAGGUUACUGCUUACCUUAACGUGUGGUAUUAUAAACAAGUCCAUUUACUCUUCCGAUGUAUAGAUAGGAAGGCAGUGCUUGUGCGUGGCUUAAAAAACAAAGUUGUGAGCAGUGCUGUAAGAGCUGCCCUGUUUGAACUGGAGCAGACCUCUGUGUUCGGUGUGAAAUUUACCACAUUCCAAAUAUGCCCCCAACCCCAGAAGCCCCAUACCUAGAAUCAUGGAGAGGAUCUUGUUCCCUUCUGGACAAGCUUUCGAGGGCCGUGUGCUGGUGGUGUGCAGGGCCAGAGGCAAAACCAGGUGGAGCUUAUGAACGCAUGUAUUACCUUUGUACAGCAGGCUUGUUUCUCUGCCUUCCAUCUAGACAAGCAAGGGGCAUUAUUAGAGUUCAAGACACAUGCCAGCCAGGCAAAAGCAUGGUGUGUGUGUGUGUGUGUGUGUGUGUGUGUGUGUGUGUGUGUAAGUAACAGGGUCAAGUGAGGGGGUGUUGCCUGGGGGAAGGGCCAAAAGGCCUGAGGUUCCCCACCCAUGUUGUAUGGGCCAUAUAGUUCAAGCCCCUGCUUGAUGCCAGAAACCCAGGUGUAGAGCAUCACCAACUGGUGGCUGUUCACCUUGUGCUUGAAGACCUGUGGUCAGCGAGAGCCUCCCCCCAACCAGGCAAUUAGUUCCAUGACCUCAUGAUUUUUCAUUCCCAGUUCACCUAUAAAGGCCUGCUUUGCAGAAGAGAAUAUGGCCCACAAUAGGCUAUAGAGCCUCAAAUGACAUUGGAGCUGGGCUGGGGGAAUGGUGACCUGCCAGAUGUUGCUAGACUCCAACUCAUCAUCAUUUACAUUGGCCAUGCUGUCUGGGACUGAUGGGAGUCCCAACACCAUCCGAAGCGCCAUGGGUUUGCUUUGCUCUGAUUUAGGGGGGCUGCCUUGAUCAUAGUCCAUGUAGCUGCCGUGCAGUUUGGUGGUCACUUGGUCAAGUGGCCUUGGCCUUGCCUGGCACUCCUGUUGCCAGAAUAGUGACCACUGUAGCUGCUGGCUGGAUCCCCACAGGAGGAAGUAGGCUGCAUUGUACCUGUCUGCAUGCUCUCUUUUCCCUUUUCCUGGGGAAGGACUGUAGAUCAGUGGUAAAGCACACACUUUGUGUGCAGAAGGUCCCCGGUUCAAUCCCCAGCAUCUCCCAAUAGGGCUGGAAAUGUCUAUUGCCUGAAAUCUUGGCGAGUUGCUGCCCGUCGGUGUGUUGUUGUUGUUGUUGUUAAAAUUUGUAUACCGCACUUCAUCUGUAGAUUUUACGUCAGUUCACAGUACUGUAGACAGUAAAUGGGCGAACAGUCUGACUCCAUAUAGUAUAUGGCAGCUUCCUAUGGCUCCUUGGCAUCUUCUCCUGAGAGAAGGAAGGAGUAAGCUGAUUCCUGAUGAUGAUGAUGAUUAUUACUAUCACUUAUUAUUGUUUCUCAGGAUGCGGGUGGCGCUGUGGGUUAAACCACAGAGCCUAGGGCUUGCUGAUCAGAAGGUCGGCGGUUCGAAUCCCCGUGACGGGGUGAGCUCCCGUUGCUCGGUCCCAGCUUCUGCCAACCUAGCAGUUCGAAAGCACAUCAAAGUGCAAGUAGGUAAAUAGGUACCGUUACAGCGGGAAGGUAAACGGCGUUUCCGUGUGCUGCUCUGGUUUGCCAGAAGUGGAUUUGUCAUACUGGCCACAUGACCUGGAAGCUGUACGCCGGCUCCCUUGGCCAAUAAAGCGAGAUGAGCGCUGCAACCCCAGAGUCGGUCAAGACUGGACCUAAUGGUCAGGGGUCCUUUACCUAUUAUUGUUCCUACAUGCAAAGAAGGAAAAAACCAGGCUUUGUAGUGAAAGGUUGAAGGAGCUGGGAAUAUUUAGCCUGGAAAAUAGGAGACUGAGAGGAGAUAUGAUAGCGAUCUUCAAAUAUCUGAAGAGCUAUCGCGUAGAAGAUGGAGUAAGCUUGUUUUCUUCUGCUCUGGUGGUUAAGACAUAAACCAUUGGAUUCAAGUUACAAGAAAGGAAAUACUGACUAAACAUCAAGAAAAAAUUUCUGACAGUAAGAGCUGUGUGACAGGUCUUCCUCAGGAGGUUGUGGACUCUCCUUCCUUGGAGGUUUUUAAGCAGAGGUGGGUGGCCAUCAGUCAUGGGUGCUUUAGCAGUGAUUCCUACAUUGCAGGGGGUUGAACUAGAGGGCCCUUGGGGUCCUUUCAAACUCUACAAUUUUAUGAACAACGUUCCAAAUUCCAUUGGCUCACUGAUACACGGCAAUUCUCAACUAAAUAUAAAUAAUGGAGUUUUUCUCUCUCUUUGGCUGAAACAUUGUAGAACAAUUCCUAAUGUUUCUGAAUUGUCUGGUGGUGUCGGAAGGCCCAGCAUCCAGUAAUUGUAUUUUUAUUGAUUUGUAUCAGUGUUUCCACAGAGCCACAAGGCUGCUUUAUGGAUUUUGUUUUUUUUAAAAAAACAUGCAGGCACAGAAGGUGCUUCUGUAUAGGAAUUAAUGUGAAGCUUGCCUAUAACAGGCUGUUUUGUGUGAAGAGCCACCACACACGGACAAGCGCUUUUCGGAACAUGGAAGCCUCUACUGCAUCCCAAGCCGACCUUCACUUCAACCUCCAAUGCUUUUUCUUGAUCUGAGUAUGGAUCUUGUAUUUUAUCUUGGAUUUUAACCCACCCUGAGAUCUAUGGAGGAAGGGCAGCAUAUAAAUUUAAUUAAUAAAAAUAAAACAACAAAUAAUACGGCAACUCAUUCUGGUUUCCUUGGCCAACACACCCUCUUCCCCAUCAUAUCCAACAUCAGAACAUAGGAAGCUGGUUCAUACAAAGUCAGGCCAUCAGUUCAUCUGGCUCAGUAUAGCCCACACUGACUGGCAGCCACUCUCCAAGGUAUCAGCUAGGAGUCUCUCCCAGCCCUACCGGGAGACGCUGGGGGUUCAACCUGAGAUCUUCUGCAUGCAAAGCAGGCGUUCUGCCACUGAGUCAUGGUCCUUUCCAUGGUGAAAUACAGUCCUACACCUGAACAGGAACAGGUAGGAGGCAGAGGGUCAUGUGUGCAGGCCCUGCUCCCAAUGCCCCCCAUAGACCCCCCCCCAUCCCCUCGGUUCCCAAUCUUUGCAUGUUGAGCUGGAAAGGUCUGGCGGUCGACUUCUACUUGCAUUUGCUUCCUCCAGGUCUUCCCAGGUCAAUGCAGGAAGGGUGUGGGGACUGAGUGGAUAAGGGUGGAGUUGUCGGGAUGUGGGGUCACCAUAUUCACCCCCUUGCUCAUUGUGGGUUGAUACCCAUGGUGCUUGAACAGGGCUAUUGUUUGUUUGUUUUAUUGGAUUGUGUGCUUUGAAUAAGAGAACGUGAUAUUCCCUGGUGUUCAAGUGGCUGUGAAGUGUGUUUAUGCCUUCCUCUGCCCCUGUGUCUUACCUUUCUGUAUUCUCUGUCGCUAGAUCAUUACUGUUUGGCCUCACAAGUGUGUGUGUGUGCAUUCAGGGUUCAUUAAAGAUUGGCAGUUCCACUGAAUCAGAGACACUUAAAAGAGUCUUGUCUGCCUUUAGAACUUAACGUAGACUUCUGGCAAGAGUAGAUUAUUUUCACCUUCAUUUGGGUGGGUCCUGCAGAACCGAGUUAUUGUAUGGGCAGCCAUUCUCUUUGGCUACCUGCAGCCACUUCUUCCUCUGUUGUGUUAGAUCUAAUAAAAGUGGGUUAAUCCCGUAGGAUUAGAGUACACCAUAGAAGAGUGCUUUCAAAACUCGAUUAGAUUGGCACUGUGCUUUUCCUCCCUUCUUGAAGCUUUUUACCUCUUUUCUCCCCUCACCCCCACCACCUGCAAUUUCCUCCUCCUACUUCACAAGAGCAUAUUUCCUGCUCCUGUGUUGUUUCUGUGAAAUGGGUUAAUUUAUGUGUUGGUGGACCGGGGGGGGGGGGGGGGAGCAGCAAGGGUUUUUAAACUGUGCUAUUUUUAAGUAUCCCUGUAGAAAUCCACCCACCUUUUCAGUGCAUGUCACCCAAAUGUAUGGAAUUCUGCCUGUUUCUCUCAUUAAAAACUGCUAAGGCCUGCCUGUUCUCAAAGAUGGGAAGCCAGCUUUGUCAUUCUGAGCAGAUGGAAUCAGUUGGAACAGCUUGGCCUCUGUUCAUCUCGCUCAUCAGUCAGAGGAGUCAGACUUGAGAAAUUCAGGGAGCUCUGCUUUCAAAUGCAGCAACAAGAUAAUCUGGAAGGGGGUAACUUGCUUCCCACUGAGUGUGCCUGGCAGUGCCCUGUAAUGAUCCUUGCAGCUCUGGGAAUAGAGAAGUUGGUCGAGUCUGUGAAGGGAAUGGGGGGACAAUGUGGUUUGAAGAUGAUCUGUAGCUCUUGAUCCCCAAGAGGAAAAACGCUCUUCAGGUAUACAUGGUGAGCAAUUCUCUCUGCAGUGGUGAAUUUGUGUUAGGGAAGCAUUACUUCAGCUUGCACAUAAGGGCUCAUAAGCUCAAAUCUUGAAUGGUAGAAUCAUAAGGGGCCUCAAAAUCAACUAGUUCAACCUUCUGCCAUUAUUAUCAUCAUCGUGGAUAGCUGGUAGAGCAUGAGACUCUUACUCUCAGGGUCAUGGGUUUGAGCCCCACGUUGGGCAAAAGAUUCCUGCAUUGCAGGGGGUUGGAUUAGAAGACCCUCAUGGCCCCUUCCAACUCUACGAUUCUGAGAUUCUAUUAUUUUACAUGACUCUCGGUUCCUCAGUGGAGCGCAAGGUGGCAUACGCAGUUCCCCCCUCUCCAUUUUAAUCCUCACAACAACCCUGUGAGGCAGGAUAGGUUGAGAGAUUGUGACUGGCACGAGGUCACUCAGUGAACGUCAUGGCUGAAUGGGGAAUUUGAACCCUGGUCUCCCAGCCCCCAGCCCAAUACUCUAACCAGUACAGUAUUUGAAUAUGGCUAUCACAUCACCUCUUAACUGUCUCUAUUCCAGCUAGAGAUGCCCAACUCCUUCGAACUUUCCUUGAAGGACUUGGUCUCCAGGCCUCUAGUCAUCUUUCUUCCCCACUUCUGGACAUGCUCUGUUUGCCUAGAACUUAACCCAGUACUUUAGGUAAAUGUUUCUCCUUUUUUUUAAAAAAGGGGAGGGGAUCCCUGUACCUGGAAAGCAAGCAGUGAGAAGGCUACUAGAAUUUAUCUCCCUGGUGUGCUAGUUUUCUUCAUGUAGGGAUGCUGUUGUUUUUGAAUGGAGGGGCUUUCCAUCAUGUGAAAUCCCAUCCGCAGUUGGAAGUAAUGCAGUCCCAUCCCAGGUUGACCAGCUUGGUGAUAACAGGACCCAAAUGAUAUCAAGCUAGAGGGUGUGUGUGUGUGUGUGUGUGUGUGAGAGAGAGAGAGAGAGAGAGAGAGAGAUAGCAUCUAGCCUCCCUUGUUCACAGGUUUUGUUGUAAGCCAAAACAACAGGUUCGUUUUUACUACAGAUAAAUAUUGUGCCCGAACUGCAUCUCAGGGAUUCUAGGGUAGAGAAUUUGUUCUUUCUCUGUGGCUCUCCCCAAUGGAGACCAUGCAAGUGGGGAAUGACUGUGGGCUCUGUGCCAGCCACCUUGCGGUUUGCAGGGAUUGGAGGUGCUGAAAGAAUGCCUCCUUGAGAUAGAUUGGAGAAGAGGAGCUUGGAGCUGAAUCAGAAAGGAUACCCCUAGUGUCAGAGACAAUGUAACUGAAUACCAGUUGCCAGGGAACAAGUGUGAGAGAGUUGUAUUCAUGUCUUGCUAGUGGGGUUUUCAUAUGCAUCUGGCUUUGUUGCUGUGAGAGCAGGAUGCUGGACUUGAUGGGCCUUUGGUCUCAUCCAGCAGGGGUCUUCUGCUUGCGGUGUCCCAUCACCUGCAAUUAUAUAUUGUUCCAUCAUUUGCUGUCAUCUCCCAGCACCUAUGGUAAGCCAUAGAUGGCUUCUCCUGCAUUCACAAACCUCAUGUACCAAACUUCAAUGUUACUAGCACCAGCUUCUGUUCAUCUGUCCUGACCUUUCGCUUCCCAUUGCUUUUUCCUCCUUAGUUGGGUUCUGGCUUCUUGUCCCUCAAGGCCAUCUUGCAGCUGCAUUUCCAGCGUCCACUGUGUGCUGAAAUGGUAGCACCAAUAGGCCUUGAAUUUUAGCCUGGAAGUAGUGGGUAUGGCUUAUGGGCUGCCACUUGAGACAGUAACAUCUUAGAAGGGUUUUCAUUUGCUGGAUGCUGAUGGCUGGACUGAGUUACUCAUGGGAAAAAAUUUCAAUCUGAUAGGGAACAAUUGUGGGCUGAAUGCAUUUGUAAUAAUUUAUUUUUCAAAAGGGGAAUAUAAUGGCUUCUAAUCAUUGUGCAUUGAAUUCUUGUGAGUUUCCCUUGCUUAGGCAGGGCAGAGGUUUCUCCUCCGCUGAGCUCCUGUUGAAGAAGAGAGAGACUCACUGGUGAUCCUGUUCUGCAUUUCUUUUCAGAGACUCCUCAAAUAGCUGUGGUGCCAUAAGUAAUCAUCUCAAUGUAUCUAAUUCACAACAGAGUUUUUAAACAAAUGUUAUAUAGAGAACAAAUGGGAAAAGCAAGGGAUGGGGUUUUUAAAUAUGGGGACCACUUGUGAUUAUUCAGUCAUUCCAUGUCUGUCCCUGAUGAAAUGGUGUCAACCUGGAGACUAAUUAAUAAAACAAAUUAUAUCAAAAGUUGUGCUUUUGGUUUGGUUUUGUAUUGUGCUGGUGAUGGUGAUGCUUCACCACAAUUUUUUUUUUAAAAAAAUGUGUGCAAUGUUGGAGAAGAAUUCCUCGGAAAGAAAAUGACAAGAGAAAAGAGGAGUCAGAUGCAGAGAUGGU